UGGGUCGCUCAGUGUUGACAGCAGGGCAGCAUGAGACACUUCUCUGCGCGGAUCAUGCAAGCAUGGAGAUAUAUGAAGGAAAAGUCGGUUUGACAGCUCACUCAAAGCAAAGAGACAUGUGGAGGACCCUAACCCUCGCACUGAUAGUUGCACUGGUGCUGGGCACAGAGGUGUCCCAGUCGGAGGAUGUGGGGUCCAUGGUGACUGUUGAGAAGACGGUGGGGGAUCAGCAGGAGAAUUUCAGUAACAUAUCCACUGUACCAGGAACAUCCCGACACCAGAUCCUGGCUGCUCAGUAUGAGUGCUACCUGAAGAUAAUCCAUGAUCCACCACGUACAGAUGAAGGUACGUAUUGUAACCGUACGUGGGACGGCUGGCUGUGCUGGGGGGAUACAGCUCCGGGGACUGUCAUGCAGAUGUGUCCUGAAUACUUUCUCGACUUUGACCCUGCUGAGAAAGUUACUAAAGUAUGUAAUUCUGACGGCCAGUGGUUCCACCACCCAGAGAGCAACAGAGUCUGGACCAACUACACACAGUGUCAGAUCUACACCAAAGACAAACUCAAGUUUGCCAUCAGUCUCUACUACUUAGCCAUGGUGGGUCAUGGUCUGUCUAUUGUCUCCCUGAUCAUCUCUCUGAUCAUCUUCUCCUGCUUCAAGAGUCUUAGCUGCCAGAGAAUCUCCCUCCACAAGAACAUGUUUCUCUCCUUCAUCUUGAACUCCAUCGUUACUAUAAUGUGGCUCUCGCUCACUGUGGCCAAUGACCAUGCCAUAAUUGCCAGCAACCCUGUGAGCUGUAAGGUUUUGGCUGUGCUGACUCAGUAUACGUCCACUUCCAAUUACUUCUGGAUGCUGUGUGAAGGCAUUUACCUCCACACGCUCAUCAUAGUGGCUGUCUUUGUAGGCGAGCAGCAGCUCAUCUGGUACUACGUCCUGGGAUGGGGCUUUCCCAUCGUUCCUGCCAUCACGUAUGCUGUGGCUCGUGGGCUCUUCUUUAAUGACAAGUGUUGGAUCAGCGCAAACACUCACCUGGUCUACAUCAUUCAUGGGCCCAUUCAAGCUGCACUGCUAGUGAACUUUUUCUUUCUCCUGAACAUCGUCCGGGUUCUGAUCACCAAGCUGAAGGACACCCACUGUGCUGAGUCCACCGCCUACAUGAAGGCAGUAAGAGCCACCCUCAUCCUCAUACCUCUGCUGGGAGUCCAGUUCAUCCUUUUCCCCUGGAGGCCGGAGGGACGUAUCAGCCGGGCCAUCUAUGAUUUCUUUGUAAAUAUCUUCUGCCACUUCCAGGGACUCCUGGUGGCAAUUAUAUUCUGUUUCUGCAAUGCUGAGGCCCAAACAGCAUUGCAGAGGAAAUGGGCUCAGUGGAAGUCUGCCUGGGGUAAGACUGGCUGGGGAGAAACACCCAUCGCUAACAACCACUUUAACUACCACACCAACUCCUCCAUUACCGAAACCAGCCGCGCCACCAUCAGCUUAGAGCAACCCGGUGCGCCUUUUGAACAAGAGGAUAACAGCCACUUCCUGUCUAAUGUGCAGCAAGACGCCAACGGGCAGCAAAAGAACAGCAAGACAUGCACCAACGGGGAGGUGGACAUACUGAACAAGUCGGAGACCACUUACAUCUGAGAGCAGCGAGGUGAUGCUUGUGGUGCCGAACACACACGCACACACUCACUUACACACAGACACAGAUGUCUAAAGAGAGAUUACAGGUGAAUUCAAUAAAGUUUCACUGAUUGGGAAGCGUAUAAAAUUUCUGAAGAGCACUUAAAAAACCUAUGAUGUUCACACACAUUUUACAGCAACAUCUCCACUUUAUGGACUCAUAUGAACCGAUGAGAGAAAUAUCAUUUAUAUCAUGGUGUCAUUCUGUAAUCCUAGUAUAAUAAUGGAUUUUGUGUACAUGUGUUCUGUUGCUGGAAUUAAGUCCACUUAUGUAUUUCAGUUAUUGUUUGUUUUCCUAGUUUUUAAUCAUGUAUUUCCUGUAAGUAUAGAGAGAGGUGCAAAUCUCAAACCUGCCAUUUUGAUAUCCCAGAGGCAGAGGUGUGUGUUUGUGUAAUCUGCCUUAUGAAUGCUUUACCUGUGCACCACUGUGACCAAUGAAUGUCAUAGCCUACUGAUGUGAUCACACAUGUUCUUUUACAUGCUUUUAUCUAAGAAAGAUCAUACAAUCAUCACUGGCCCCUGGAAAGCCAGCUUCCCCAUUUAUGCUGUUUUUCCCGAGAAUGAAAACCACACCGAGAGAAUCAUUGCGUUUGCAGGAUGAGACACCACAAAAGUGACACAAUCAUGGUUCCCAUUCACUUCAGAUUUCCUGAUGACAUGUAACAGAAAUAGUAUUUACUCUCAGUCAGAGGAAAGGUUUGAUUUUGUACUAAUCUGCCCUACAAAGGCAAAGUAACUACAUAUUGGGUGAAAAUUAUGUGACCAGAAUAGGAUUUCUGGAGACUCACAAACUUAGCUCACAAUCUGAGCAAACAAAAACAACAACAAAUUGCUGUAACUACACUCAGGUUUGGUCAUCUGUGGGCUCACCCUUACUGCACUCUCUGUCACAGAGAGCUAACUCUCAAACUAGACAGCUAAGCAAGAGAGCUAACUACAUCAAGUUAAAGCUAGCUGGUGAGCAAGCCAUGACGAGGGUUAACUAUGCUGAAAGUAAAUUUACUUAAUUUAUUUUUCCAAGCUGUUAUCGGUAAUUAAAAAUGAUCAAUUUUAAUGACUUCACAUCUGGUAAUAUAGUUUGUCAUUCCAUAUAACUAAAUGAGGAGGUAGCUGAAUCCAGUUUUGAUGUAAAAAAAAAAAAAACAAACAAACAAACAAAACUCCAGCUAAAGUUCUGCUAUGGACAGUAGCUGUCAUCUUAUCUUUCAACUCAAGUGGAAUUCAUAUGAUUAAGUGAGGUUAAGUUACCUUUAAAUGACAUGUUUAAAUGUGUUAAACUGUAAAUCAAUUCACCAUAUUGGUUUCAAUAUAAAUAUACAUAGUAGAUGGAGAGACAGACGCCUACUAAAACAGAGAUACAAUUAUUAUUGUAUGAGAACUAUGGACUAAAUAAUAAAAAAUAAGGUUAAUUUUCUUGAAUAAAGUAGUUAAAAUGGACAACUAACAAGAAGGAAUCAUUUUUUAUAGGUUCCUACAUUGUCCCCAUGAAUUUGUGAGGUAUAUUCAAAAAAGACUUUUAGGUUUUAUAUAGGUUGUAUGAUUUCUUUUAAAGUAAAACCAAUCCUAAAAAGGCCACAUUCUUUUGUAACACCGUUUUCCAGCCAACUUGAAAACUUUAAAUUGUUUUUGUAAACUUUACUGUUUCUGUAGAUGCCUUUAUAGGGCAGUAAUGUUGAAAACAGAAUUUAUAUUUCAAUUUUGUUAAUGUUAAUAAUGUUAAUGUUAAGUUCAUUGAACAAAAGAAACACAUUAUCCCCACAUUAUAAUAGUAAAGAUAAACUUUAUUAAAGUUUAUGGUCACUGUGUUUGCUACACACAUUUAGUUAUAAGUUUACUUUUAUGACAUAUUAACAGACCUCAUGUAGUAUGAGGGCAAAGGGCUUUUGACUUUUAUGGUCCAUGAGAGCAGUUCAGUCAGCUGAGUAGGAGAUAAAACAGUGGCGAUUUGUAUGUAAUAAUGACAUAUCUCCAUAAUGUAUAACAUCCUGGCUACAUAAAAGCUAAACAUGCAUUUGAAGGAGUCUGCUCCUACUUUUGAGCUUCCUCUAAGUCCAGCUGAUUUACUUCUUGGAGUUAAAUUGUGAGAAUAUGUUGCUCAUGUUUUUUCUUCUCCUGGUGCAAUUUACCACCAUUAUUGCUUUUAUGACAUUAAUUUUAUUGCAAUAUGACAGGAAAUCUUAAUCUAAUAUGAAGCUCUGAUAAACUGAAAACUGAGGAUGAAAAUACAGGGGAGACCCAUUUAGAAUUCCAUUGUGAAAUGUUUCUGUGACAAAUACAGUAUAGGACAGAACAAGCCUGUGCCACGUUAGUGUAUAAAUGGUCUGAAAUAAAUAUUUUUUUCUAUCUCUUUCUAACUUCAGUCAGCAUGGGAAGGAGACAG